CGGCAGUUACUGUUCGCUCGACCUCGGGAGGAAUUCGAGGGUGCGCUCUGUACAUGGAAACGGAUUCUAGGUUGGACUCGUUUCUUCUUACUGUUUACUCCUGCGUUGUCAACAGUUUUGAAGUCUUUGACGCAAGUUUUGGACUCUUGUGACCAACUAAAGGCUCUUGAGUCCGCGCUCGUCUCAGCAUGUCUUCACUCAUCUCUCCGGGGUUUCAGAGCAGCAAGCAGGACUUCAGCUUCGGGCCCUGGACUCUCACUGCCGCUAAGACUCACAUCAUGAAGUCCAAAGACAUCGAGAGGUUAGCAGAGACCAUGAACAUGCCGGCUCUCCCAGAGAUGCUGUUCGGAGACAAUGUGCUGCGCAUUCAGCACGCCGACGGUUUUGGGAUCGAGUUCAACGCCAUCGACGCUCUCAAGCGUGUCAAUAACAUGCAGGACUCUGUGAAGGUGGCUUGUGCACAGGAGUGGCAGGAGAGCAGGGCCGAGUCGGAGGCGUCUAAAGAGGUGGUGAAGCGCUACGACUGGACCUACACCACAGAUUACAGGGGCACUUUACUGGGAGACCACCUGCAGAUCCAGGUGAAGCCCACCAGCGAGCGCAUCGACAUGGAGAAGCUGAGAGCGCGAGAACAGAUCAAGUUCUUCGAGGACGUGCUGCUGUUCGAGGACGAGCUGCACGAUCACGGCGUGUCCAUGAUCAGCGUGAAGAUCAGAGUGAUGCCCACCAGCUUCUUCCUGCUGCUGCGGUUCUUCCUGCGAGUGGACGGAGUGCUGAUCAGGAUAAACGACACGCGUCUUUAUCACGAGGCUGGAAAAAACCACAUGCUUCGAGAAUUCAGCACACGGGAAAGUAAAAUGUCAGACCUCCAGCACGUUCCUCCGGCCGUUUACACCGACCCCAAUGAAGUCGCGGCGCACCUGCCGCUGAAGCUGAUCGAGUGCGAGAGGCUGGAGUUUCCAGAGAGAGCGACGCGAGCAGAAUCAUCAGAGCAGAGCGCACGCUAGAGACUCGAACCUGUCCUUCCACAGACACUAGAUCUGAGCUCUGUGUGCUUUGUAAUGUCAUGCUUGUUUGAUUGGGGAGGAUUGCAUUAAAAUCCUUUCUGCUGGAUUCAGAAGUAUGUCUAGAUGUGAUGAGAAUGAACUAAUACUGACACAAAAACACAUGACUUGUAGCGUAUAGUUCAGUUUUUCGAUCGCUAACACACUGUGACCGAAUCCUUCAGUUCUCAAAACUAAACGCGUUCCAGUAUGUUAUAUCGUGAUGUAUGUCAUCUUCAGUUCUUCUGGUGUAUUUCAGAUCUCUUUACGGUGGUGUGAUGAAUUUUUAUUUCUCAGUUUCUGCGCUCCUUCAUUGUUGUUGUGUGCUGUAAAAUAACUCCUGAUUCCCAAUCGUAGGUUUGAACUGAUCUCUGUGUGGCUGUAGGGUUUUUUUUUUCUGUCAGCUGAGGCUAAAGUUGGAUUAUGACAAAUGACAAUAUGUUUUUGAGUAAAAUAUUUGAUUUUGACACA